UACACUGCUCUGUGUGAAGGAUUACAUAAUAUAGAUCAAGAACUAGCUAUGAGUUCAUCUAAUAACCCCCAUGUGACAUAACAGAUGGUCAUACAUGGAAUUAAAGAGAAGAAUAUGGGAUAAUGAGCGGCGAUGAGGAAGGUUGACUACCCUUACGGCGUGUUAUGAAAGUGUGUGGCGGGAAGCGUGUGUGUGUUUACCUCCUGCCAGCCUCCCACGGCACGUCCUCUUGUACUCUCCCGUGAGUACCUUGCCAGCCUUAUGUGAGUACCUUGCCAGCCUUAUAGAAUUUACCAGUAUUUAAUAUGGCAGAACGACCUGAAGACCUGAAUCUUCCAAAUGCAGUAAUUACACGCAUUAUAAAAGAUACACUACCUGAAGGUAUUUCUGUGGCUAAGGAGGCUCGCAGUGCUAUUGCUAAGGCUGCAUCAGUAUUUGUCCUUUACACCACAUCUACAGCCAACAGUUUAGCCCAGAAGAACAAAAAGAAGACUGUCAGUGCACAGGAUGUAUUCACUGCCAUGAAAGAGAUGGAAUUUGAAAAAUUUAUUGAGUCUUUACAAGAGAGCUUAGAAGUACACAAGAAGUCUCAGCAAAGUAAAAAGGAACAAAAAGAAGCCAAAGCUAAGGCCAAGAAGGCUGAAGAGGUGGACAAGAACUUAAGUGCUAUGGAAGAGGGUAACACUUUCAUUGAAGUUACCGAGACUGACAAAGAAAAUGGAGAUGAGUCACAGAAUACAGAGACAGCAGACUAACCUAGUCAGAAAUUUGUGUUGGAAAUCAUUAGAUCUACAGCCCAGUUCAUUACAUUUAAUUUGUUUUAAAAUUUUAGCAAAUGAUCAGUGAAGAAAUUUGAUAUGAUUGGAAAUACCCAAGCCCUCUAACAUGCUCUGUUUGGUUUUUUGUUAAACAAAAAUCUUGACCUGUUGAUUCAAGUCAAGGCACCUAGGUUACCAGUGAAGGCUUGUUUGUUGGAUUUAUGUCCGGUUUAUGUGGUAUUUGGUAUAUGCCUACUACUACUGUGGCAGACCUGUUUGGUUCAUGCAGUCAUCCAAGUACAGUAUUUGUUAAAAAUAUUUAAAAUUAUUUGCCAGAUCUGUCAGAUUAUUAAGUUUUUGCCAAUGCUAACUUAGAGUAAUGAAAUUAUGUUAAAUAUUACAUUUAAUAAUAAAAACCAAUUCAAAUUUUUAUCCUAAUUUCAUAUGGAUGAUCUAUUAUUUAAGCAUUUGUUCUAUAUUCUUAAGAUAUCCAGGAAUCAAUUACUAACCAAUACUGUAUUCCAAAGUUAUCUGUUUCUACUGAACUAAAUCAUCUUUAAUGAGGUUAGUUAUCUAGUAGUAGUAUGCAUCUUUUGGUCAGUCAGGUUAAGCACCGUUGGGUCUGGUCAGACCUGGGUGAGUGAGACCAUUGACAACCUCACCCUUGACCAAAGGGUCUGAUGUACAAAACAGGAUUCCAAAGCCUGAUGCAUGAAGCCUGCAUCAGGAUCAGGAAGUAUACCACUCUCAGGUGGUGUACCACCUGACAGUGGUAUACCAUAUCAAACCUUCUGUAUGGUCUAAUAAGCACAUUAUAAAUUAACAACAUACUUGAGUGAAUUAAAUGGAAGAAAAUUCAGAAUAUACUCAGUGAAGAGCAGGGGGUGCCAUAGGCAUAAUCGGAGAACACUGUAUGAACAUCAGAGGUCCACGGUUGUUCAACAUACUUCCAGUAAGUAUAAGAAAUAAUACUGGAACAACCAUGAACAUCUUCAGGAGAAAAUUAGAUAGUUUUCUUCAAGAAGUGCUGGAGCAACUGAACUGUGGUGUAUAUGUGGGCCUGCAGGCCGCUCCAAGCAACAGCCUGGUGGACCAAGCGCUCUCAAGUCAAGCUUGGUUGGGCUUGGGAAGUUGAACUCUCAGAACCUCAUCAAGCAGGUACUGGCCUUAUCUUGCAUCAAGUUGUCAACAGAAUUGGUGUCAUAUCAUUCAGAUUGUGUAAGGUGAAAUAAUAAUGAAUAAAUUUUAGCUAAUCAAAGGUGAUCAUAUGUAUUUAAAAAUUUUACAAGAUAAAAUUAAAGUUUAUGCACAAGUGCCUCUACUGUCCCAUUUUUUUGUAAAUUACUUAUAUUUAAGGAAGUUUAAGUAGCUACUGUAUCUUUUGUAUUUUGAUAAUUAAAUUAUUGAUAGCU